AUGGCUGCUUACUGGUUACUCUCGAAUGCUGAAUCCGAGCUCGUGCGAAUGCUAGGAACGGAGCGCAAGAAAUUGGUCAUUACAGUCAGCUGCAGCAUAUACAAAGCCAUUUCAUUUCCAGAUUUCGAAGCAGCUAAGGAGCAUGCCAGUCGUCGUUGA